AUGGCCCGCGGCAUCGCCGCGCGUGGCGUUGCCCAGUCGUGUAAGGAGGUGGCUCCGAUCAUCGCCAAGCUGAUCCAGGACUGCGACCCUGGCAGCGACGACGGAGGGAAAGGCCAGAUGAAGGCCAAAGCGGGCGAGAUCUGCAACAUUUUGGAGAUGAGCGACCUGGCCUGCUGGGGGACCAUCGCGGACGAGAAGGUCGUCACUGACCCCUGCAACCGCUGGGGCAUGGGCUUGGACCCAGUGGACGUCCACGAGCUCUUGAUGAAGAUCGCGCAGCAAGGCUGGAGCGAGGCGGCACUGCAUACCCCAAGGUGCUUCGAGAUCGGCCCUCGCAGGAUCGACGACAUGUACGACGCCGCGGGUGGCCAGCUUGCUCCUGUGGUCAAGGACGACAUGAGGGUCACGACGGUUGCUGCGCUGAGUCCGAGUUGCGACGAGGCGCUCGGCGUAGGUACCAGGUGGUUUGUCAUCCGCCAUCAAGUUCUUGACGAGUGCGCAGGGAUCGCAGAGUGCUUGCGCGAGGCUGACAACGUCGGCCACGGGGCGGAGAGGGAGCAGACGCACGUUGAGGCGAUGUUCGCCGUCCACGCCAAAGCGGCGAAGAACUUCAAGGUUGCGGGCGAGUACUUGCCCGACGCCGUUUCCCGCGACAUGGAGGCCACCCAGCCGCGCGUGGAGUGGCAGGUUCGGGGCAUCGGCGAGUUCGCGGAAUGCUCGAAGGUGCCCCCGUUCAGGCGCGAGCUAUCGGAUCAGCUUCUUCGUUCCUUAUCGGUCUUGCAAGUGGCCCAAGCACCGCGCUACGUCGUCGCCGCCCACUGCCACGGGCAGACCUCGAAACUCUUCACCGCGACCGACCUGGCCAACAUCACGAAGAAACGGCAGCAUGCGAUCGAGGCGAACGACCAGAUGGUCAAGGCGAAAUCGCGGCUGGAUGAGACCACCGCCAAGGGCAAAGCCAACGGCGACGCGGCGAAGAUAUACGGAGACUUCCAGGCGCACAUGGCGAUGCACCUUCACGGGGAGAAAAGCAAGCGCCGUGCCGCGUUCAAAGACACGUCGGAGAUUUGCCAGAAGUUCCUCACGGACACGUUCGCCAUGUUCCCAGCGUCUCGGACUUCGCAGCUGCCAUGGCCGCAUCUAGGACAGGUCGCACCUGGGCCCGACGCGACGGGGCCGAAUGGCAGCGCCAUGAGGGAGUUCGGUGAGAAUGGGCUGUUCGUCAACAGCUUGAAGGCCAACGGGUUCGAGCAGAACGCGGUGGUCAAGCUCGAGGCUGACGGCGGCAGCGACGAGCGGUGGAAGCUUAUGAAGAUCAAGGGUGGCAGCGUUGGCUUGGCGGAGUUCGACCCCAAGAAGAUCAGAGAGCCAAAAACGUUCAACCCCAGCUGCGAGUGCAACCUGGGGUGA